AUGCAUCACAUUUUGUUGCAAAACGAAGAUGGAGGUAGGGGGCUACACAUUGAGGGUCCGAGCACCAUGUUUGGUACUGUGCUCAGCUAUGCUACUCUAAAAUUACUUGGUGAAGGAGCUUUUGGUGCAGAAAGAGCAAUGGAAAAUGGGCGAAAAUGGAUCUUGGACCAUGGGGGUGCAACUGCAAUAACUUCUUGGGGGGAAAUGUGGUUUUCUCCAUACGUACUUGGAGCAUAUGAAUGGUCUAGGAAUAAUCCACUCCUACCAAAAGUGUGGCUAUGUCCUUACAUUCUUCCAGUUAAUCCAGGACGGAUGUGGUGUCAUUGCCGAAUGGUUUAUUUGCCCAUGUCAUACAUAUAUGGGAAGAGGUUUGUUGGUCUAAUUACACCCACAAUUAUUUCUUUGAGAAAGGAGCUAUACAUAGUCCCUUAUCAAGAAGUAGAUUGGAAUCAAGCCCGCAAUCAAUGUGCGAAGGAAGAUCUAUACUAUCCACAUCCACUGGUUCAGGAUAUUCUAUGGGCAUCUCUUCAUAAGGUGCUUGAGCCUAUUCUGGGGCAUUGGCCCGGAAACAAGUUGAGAGAGAAGGCUUUAUGCACUGUAAUGCAGCAUGUACACUAUGAAGAUGAGAAUACACGGUAUAUAUGCAUAGGGCCUGUGAACAAGGUGUUAAAUAUGAUUUGCUGCUGGAUUGAAGAUCCAAACUCGGAGGCCUUUAAGUUGCAUAUUCCAAGAAUUUUUUAUUAUUUGUGGAUUGCUGAAGACGGCAUGAGAAUGCAGGAUUAUAAUGGAAGUCAAUUAUGGGAUACUUCUUUUGUUGUUCAAGCAAUUAUUUCAACAAACCUAGGUGAAGAGUAUGGUGUUGAUCAUGGAUGGCCGAUCUCUGGUUGUACAGUAGAAGGAUUGAAGGCUGUUCUAUUAUUAUCUAAACUUCCAUUGAAAACAUUUGGGGAACCAUUAGAUAUGGAGCAAUUGUUUGAUGCUGUAAAUGUUAUGAAUGCAGAUGGUGGUUUUGCAACAUACGAAAUGACAAGAUCUUACCGAUAG